GUUCCCCUGAGUCUUUGUCAUCGGAUCAAAAGAAAGUAAUUGGAAUAACCGCUUCUGCAUUUAUUGUGCAUUUAUUUGUAAUUAUUUCGCAUUUUUCUAUGGUCAGCGAUGUCUCAUGCACACUGCUGAGCAUAUACUUUUUUUCUUUUUUUAACAACCAAAGACCAAUGGCAAGCUUGUGUCUUAAGCCAGGCUCCUCACUCUGGAGUCUUUGAAUGUCCUUGUAACGCUGGUACACUAGACACACUGCAAUGUGAAACCUUGGUAGAGUCAUGACGAAGCUGCAGAAGAAAGUCCUGUUUUUUGUGGCUGGAGUACUAAGCUUUGCCUGUGCUCUGGCAAUUGCAGCAGCAUUAGGAAUCCAGCUGUGGGUAAAAGGCACAGUUUUGUGCAAAACUGGAGCGCAGCUUGUUAAUGCCACAGGAGAUGAACUGCAGAAGUUUAUGGGGGAAAUCCAAUAUGGCCUUUUCUAUGGAGAGCGAGUAAAGCACUGUGGGCUUGGUGGGAGACCUAUUACAUUUUCAUUCUUUCCAGACUUGCUGAACGCCAUCCCCGCCAGUAUACAUGUAAGUGUGGUUAUAUUCACAACGUCGCUGAUUGUGUUUGCUUUGGUAGGAACAGGCUUCUUCAUGUUCAACGCUUUUGGCAAUCCAUAUGAAGCACUACAUGGUCCAGUGGGAUUAUACCUCUGGUGCUUUGUUUCAUGUUCUUGUGGCUGUCUUGUACUAAUCCUCUUCUCUUCAGAAGUUAAAAUGCACAAUCUGUCAGAGAACAUUGCUAACUACAAAGAAGGAGGCUUUGUAUUUAAGACGGAGACUGAGCACUUUGAGAAGUCAUUCUGGAUUGUCCUGGUGUGCACUCUAGUACACUUUUCAAAUAUGUUCCUUAUUCGAUUAGCUGGCUUUGACUUUCCUUUCUCAAAAUCAAAGGAGUUGGAUACAAGUUCGGGAGCAAUUGAUCUGAUGUAUUGAGAUCAGUAUUGUAAAAUCAUGAGUAGUAAAUCACAGGACACCCUGAAAUGUAGAUGCACACUGUUACUAAUAAAUGUUUAUAUACUGCAGGGCUCAUUUAUACCCCUUUCACACCGCAAAUGCCGGAUCACACCCUGGAAAUUGGAAACGGGUCCUUCCCGGGUGGGAUCCGGCAUUGGACGCUACAGCAGGCUUCCAUGACCCGGCAAUAUGCCGGGCGGGUUGCCAUAGCAGCGGGGGGUGGAGCCGGCAGUGGGGGCGGAGGAGGCGCUGGGAGAUGAGCUCAUCUCUGUGCCGCCUUUUCCUAUCUAGUGAAUGGGUCCCAGGUCGCAUCGAUCCGGGAACCCGUUUACGCUGCCACUGACCCGGUAUUCAACCCGGGAAUAACACUGCUUUCUUCCAGGGUUGAAUUACAGGGUCAGGCGAUACCGGGAUAUUUGUGCGGUGUGAAAGGGUUAUUAGAGUUGGACAGGUGCAAGCAGAAUGGAGAGGAGUGGUAACAAAA